ACUUCCUUUUUCUUUUGGUUAAGAACUCCACAGAGCUGCACCUCUCUCCUCACAGAGUAAAGUAGCUGCUGACACUAAGCUAUGGCUAGCAUGACACGGAUCGUGAGCUUCCUACUUUUCACAGGAACUUUCUUGGUUAAUACAUCUGCCCAAACAUCAUUUACUAUUAUGCUAAAUGUUUUGUCUGGCCCUUUGGCAUCUGCUCAGCCAAGCACCACAACACAGAAUCCAUCCAACACUACAACACAUGUACCAUCAAACACCACCACCCAUGCACCAUCAAACACCACCAUCCAUGCACCAUCAAACACCACCACCCAUGCACCAUCAAACACCACCACCCAUGCACCAUCAAACACCACCACCCAUGUGCCAACCAAUACUACUACUCACUCCCCCAGCAACAUUACCACUCAUGCACCAUUCAACACCACUACUCAUGCAACAAUCCAUACUACUCCAGUCUUGCCAACAAAGUCUUCACCACCAAAAAAUGGCAACUACACAGUGAAAGAUGGCAAAGGAACCUGUAUUAUUGCAGAUUUGGGCCUAGAGAUUCAAAUAGAUAAUUCAACAAAGGAAAAAUCAGACAAAAAAUAUUUUAACAUUGAUCCGAAACAGACAACACCAAUUGGAACAUGUGGUGAUUUCAAAUCAAAUCUUCUUUUACAAUUUCCAGAAGGUUCUAUUAAUUUUACUUUUGUGAAGGAGAGCAAGACUUAUUACAUCGAACAGGUUUCUGUGCAAUUUUAUGUGGCUUCAGCAGGAAAAUGGGAUGGUACUUCUGGUAAACAAAAACUGUUGCCUACAGAUGUUGGGUACUCUGUGACUUGUAAAAGGACUCCUGCAGUACAGCUCGGAGACAAAUUAGAGCUUAUAUUGGCAGAUGUUAAACUCCAAGCUUUUGACAUUCAGGAUGGAAAACUUGGCAAAGAGGAGACGUGUUCGUAUGAUCGCAACAUUACUGCUGUGGCAAUUGCUAUAGCGGUAGUUGUUAUUAUAGUAAUAGCAAUCGUGCUCUACUUCAUUUGGCACAAGAAAAGAUCAUCUGGAUAUGAGCGGAUCUAAGUGUGAUGGCAUAUUACACUGACUGAAGGCCUUGAAAAUUGCAGCUACAGUGUUAUUAAGAAAGACAAACUAGAAAAAAGUGUGUGUAAAUAUUUUUUUUUCAGUCACAGAAACACACACAGCUGUUCUAUUAUUUACUUUUACUGCAGCAAUCUGAACGCAUUUUUUUCUGCUUUGUUUUUUCUUUAAAACAAAACAUAUAUGGUACUUUGGAAAUAGACAUUGUAUGGUACUUACACAGAAUAUUUGGAGGUGCUACUUAAAUUAUAAUCAGUGUUGUCCCCACAACAGGAUAUGAUUAAAAAGAGACAUCUUUCUGCCAGAUAUAUCAAGUAUAUGUUCAAAACAUUAAUAAUUCUGCUGAUAUUUUUGAUCUCAUGGGCUAUACAAUCAACCAUAAAAAUCGACUGUUUGUAAAAUACCAGGAGGGAAGUAACAGAGUUUGCAAUCAAGUAAACAUCACUGUCAUCAGAUUAUUUUUAAAGAGUACCUGUCACAAAAUGAAACUUAUAAUAUGUAAUUAUUAGACAUUUUGCUAUUUACUUGCUGUUAAAAUUCUCAACCUUUAUAUGUUUUCAAUGUGAUUAAAAAAUUGGCCAUUAGGUGUCUCUGUUCUGU